GUGGUACAUCUUGUUGAAACACACUUGAGGUACUGUCCCUACCCAUCAGAACUGACCGACUAAAUGCCCCAAAACUGAUGAAGCAUAGGUGGAGAUAGGAAGUUACAGGAAUGUGCAUGAAUUGAUUGAUUUCCACCAUGUUCUCGCAGUGUUCCCAGGAUCUCUUAAAGAUUGCAAAUCUUCAUCUCCGCAGUCUGAAUUUGAAUCUGCAUUUAAGAAAUCACAGGAGAGCUUUCAGCAAGUCACUGCCUGCUUGUCGAAGGAAAGUAGUUGUUACAGGUAUUGGCUUAGUGUCUCCUCUCGGUGUGGGGACUCAACUCGUGUGGAAGCGCCUUCUCCAAGGAGACAGUGGGAUCACAUCGCUAGAUGGGGAAGAAUAUGCAGGCAUUCCGUGUAAAGUGGCUGCCUGCGUGCCACGGGGAGACGAGGAGGGUCAGUUCAGAGAAGAGAGCUUUGUAUCAAAGUCGGAGAUCAAAUCCAUGAGUUCUGCUACUGUCAUGGCCAUUGGUGCAGCCGAGCUAGCAAUAAAGGACUCUGGCUGGUCUCCGCAGUCUGAACAGGACAGCUUAACAGCUGGUGUGGCAAUUGGAAUGGGAAUGGUUCCACUGGAAGAGAUUUCUGAUACAGCCUCUUUAUUUAAAACAAAGGGUUAUAACAAGGUCAGCCCGUUCUUUGUCCCAAAGAUUUUAGUCAAUAUGGCAGCAGGUCAGAUCAGCAUUAAAUACCAGCUGAAAGGGCCGAAUCACGCUGUGUCAACUGCCUGUACCACUGGUGCGCAUGCUGUUGGAGACUCCUUUCGAUUUAUUGCCUCCGGUGAUGCUGAUGUCAUGUUGGCUGGAGGGACUGAGGCUUGCAUUAGUCCUUUGUCCUUGGCUGGAUUUGCAAGAGCUCGGGCCCUCAGCACUAGUUUUAACUCAAGCCCUAAAAUGGCAUGUCGGCCAUUUGAUUCACAGAGAGAAGGGUUUAUAAUGGGAGAGGGUGCUGCUGUGCUGGUCUUGGAAGAGUAUGAACACGCUGUGCAAAGAGGCGCUAGGAUCUAUGCAGAAGUUCUGGGUUAUGGACUGUCGGGCGAUGCUUGCCACAUAACAGCACCUAAUCCAGAGGGAGAUGGUGCAUUCAGGUGUAUGUCUGCAGCAAUAAAAGAUUCUGGAAUCAAACCUGAAGAUGUAACAUACGUCAAUGCACAUGCAACGUCAACACCUCUGGGAGAUGCUGCUGAGAAUCAAGCUAUCAAGAGACUUUUUAAAGAUCACUCACGUAACAUUGCAGUUUCUUCAACAAAAGGAGCAACAGGACAUCUUUUGGGGGCUGCAGGAGCUAUUGAAGCAGCUUUUACUGCACUGUCCUGUCACCAUGGAAUUUUGCCACCUACUUUAAACUUAAAACAAACAGAGCCAGAAUUUGAUCUCAAUUAUGUUCCAUUAACAGCUCAGGAGUGGAAAACUUCAAAGCGGCGUAUUGCACUCACAAAUUCAUUUGGCUUUGGCGGUACCAAUGCAACUUUGUGCUUUGCAAGUGUUUGACUUGUGCUGUGCAUGUUAUGAAAAAUGGCAUUCAGUCAUUUUCUGUACUGCCAUCCUUGGUGUAUUCGGUGAUCUUUUCUCAGCUUGGAGACUUGAUACGUAAGAACUUUACUCACCCCAACACUUAGGUCAGUAAUUCUUUUAGGAAGAGGGAAUUUCUUUUGCUCAUUUUAAUAAAAAUAAUUACAAGAACUAUUCUAUGUGUGGUAAGGAAGUUUUUAUUCUUCACUAAAAGGGGAGACUUGUAACAACUAAUCUGAAUAGCACUAUUUUGUGAGAAGAGGAUCAAGGUGAUGACAAAUACUGUAUUUGAAUAACUUAAUGCAUUUAUGACUACUGUAUCUCUUUGUCAUUUUUUGGGCCAAAUGAUUGACUUCUUUUGAACUCUGACUUGCUUAUAAAAUUACAUGCAGAUAUGAAAUUUCAGAUGUGGAUUUUCUUUACUUCAUUUUCCUCCUUUUGUUUAUCUAAAUUCAUUUCCUGUGAUGUUCUUUUCAGCAGUCAAGAUGGAGUACCAUCUGGCUGUGCAUAUGGAUAUUAGUUUCAUGUAGUGAAAAGAGAAAGUGGACGCUCAUGCUUUUGGUAGGCUCUUAUCUCAUCUCAUCUCCUAAACCAUCAACUGCUGUAGUGAGGCAGGUAGUGCUCUUUUUUGGCAUUCUGUCUGCAACUCUGCUCAGCAUGCACUGGUAGUCUGUGUUGGACACUGUAGUGAGAGGUACUGCCUCAGGGUUAUGUGGUGGAGUUUGUUAGUUGAGCUAGAUAGAAAAAUUCUCACUAGCCAGCUCAUUUCUGGGUAGCUAAAAAUAUAGAUUCUAAAGAAAGGUAUUUUGGAACACUUUUUAAAUUAUGCGGAAUCCAAGCUAUCAACAGCUAACCUCUAAGAUUGUUAGUCUCUGUAAUAGGUGAAAUAUAUGAACAACCAAGGCAGAACCUGCUGUGUCUCAACCUGAUAUAUUGUUCAUUUGGAAAAUAAAUAAAAAAGGCACUACUGAAAGUAUGAGGUGUGUGGAUGUGAUGGUUAAGAGUGCUCAAAUAAAGAAGUUAUACUGAAAGUUUUGCAAUUGUAUUGCAAUUUACUCAACAUUAGCAACCCAUUGAUCAAUCUGUGUUUUUACUUAAUUAGAAUAGAUUUUUCUUGGGCAUUUGGCACAGAAAUUACUCAGAAACAUUUAUGCAAAAGGGAUGCUGGCUAACGAGUUAGGACUGUACAGUUGUGACUUGGUGACUUACUGCAUGAUGGUACAAGGUUUAUGACUGAGCUCCCCUUUGUUACUUUUUUCAUUUGUAAUUCUUUUUCACCAUAAUUUUUAAUCGUAAGUCGUUGCAAAUGUUGUAGAUUUGCACACGUUCUUCCACACAGAUGACAUUCAGGAGACAAUAAUACAGGGGUGACAGGAUUUCUGACAGUGGAUCACAUAACAUGGAUGGGAACUUGGAGGUUUGACUAAGUGCACAGUUGCAGGUGGCUCUCCAGAGCGCUUUGGUCCAGUUAAAAGGUUUUGUGUUAACUUUAUUCAUUUCCAUAUGUUGUGUUACUUCAUUAGUGAUGAUGAGGAACAGUAACAAUGAAGUAUAGAAUCACAGAAUCAUAUAAUAGAAUAUCUUGGGUUGGAAGG